AUGCAUGACCGAUGCCCGUGGACGAACCUCGCUCGAAAUUCUGACGGUAGCUUAACUCGACGACUAAGCAACGUCGGCACUUCUGACUCUCCUCCCUCUUUGCGCCUCAGCUUCUUUUGUUUCCUUUUGUCUUUUUCCUUCUUGCUGGGCCUUGAUUUUUUCCAACCUGACCGUCCGGUUGCCGUGGCCAGCAGCCGCAUUGCAUCGCUGCCAGCGGAAAGGGGCCAAGCCGCACAGGCGCAAACGGGUCCUUUGCCGUCAUCGCCGCCAUCGCUCCGGCUCAGCGUCAUCCCAGCCGAGCCGCUGCUGCUCGCAUGCCUCGUUGCUGCGCGCCCUCAACUUCAGCUUGCGAUCCUCGGGCCCGAUCCUCACAGCGCCGUGUCGCCUCCCGCCUGCUCUGCUCCUGGUCUGCGCAUCAUUCAACCCCCAAUCCAAUGGUGGGCGCGGCCAAGCGUAUGGGUAACGGGUAGCUACUUCAAAAUCUCUUCGCGCGCUCUCUCUCUCCAAUCUCGCACUUCUCCCUUGGGAACCGACCCCCCCCCUCUCCUCUCCUCUCACUCCCAUUAUCCUUCGUCCGCCCUCUGCGCAGACGCGGCGUUACAUCUUGUCUCUCGAACCUGGGCCGAUCGAUCACACACCCCCGUUAUCCGAGAGAGGACAGAUCCUGCCCGGCUGCGCUUCCGCGCUGGAAUUCACUGGCCUCCAUGCCACCGGCGCCGCCGCUCUAUUGAUUCUGCCGCCUUGUCACACGACCAGACGCCCUCCUGCGUGCUUCACGAAUCACAGAAGCCCAUUGGCCUUCGACCGCUGUGA